GACAUUUGAUGAUAAUUUAUUAGGUAUAUUUAUUUUUUAACUAAACAACUUAGCAAAACAAUGAUAGAUUUAACGAAUUAACAAUUACAAAUAACGGAAACUAUUUAGAUCACAAACAACUAAUUACAUUUUUAUUUAAAUUAUUUCAAGUUUAACCAAAAUAAAUGACUAUAUUCGUACUGUCUACAUGAGCUUGGAUUUGCAAGAAAGUAACGAAACACAACAACUCAUGCAGAAUGACGGCGAGGACGAAGAGCAGAAGGUGUCAUUGUCUGCAACAUCGCCUGUAACAAGUAACAAAAUGUCUAGUGGAGCUGCAAGUUUAACAUCUAAAAAUGCUCAGGCAUUUACGAAUACAGCAAAUAGCUUGAACGACUCCACUAAAAUGUCGUACGUCAAUGAGCGAAGACAACACCGUGAUUUCAUGCGCGCAUAUAACAACAGGCCUAAACACAUACCCAAAGAAACGCCAGAUGUGAAGCAUAUGGAAAAAGCAUUGCUGGAAUUACUGGAUGAUUUUCAUACUGGGAAGUUGAGUGCAUUUAGUACUGGAUGUAGUAUGGAACAGAUGAUAAAUGUAAGGGACCAACAAGAACAUUUAGCCAGAUUGCACUUUAGAUUAUAUGGUGAUCCAGAAAAGCCUUCAGAGGAUACCUUUGAAAAUACUUCAUCCAAAGACAAAAUGAGCCAACUUGUGCAGAGUUUGGAACAGUUGUCAACGUCUAUUGAACAUCUGCAGUCUGAUGAAGUAGCAAGCACUAGUGGUGAUAGUAAGGAAUGAUUGUAUUAUUAUUUGAAGCUAGAAGAAAUAUAAUGAGUAAUGAUAUUUAAGAAACAAGUUGUUCAUAGGACUAUGAUAUGUACAGUGAUAAAAGUAUUUAAUUAAGUAAGUACAUUGCGAAAAACAACUUUAAAUUUUUCUCUCAUUCAUGAACUUGAACUGAAUUGCAGUAUAUUGUACAAAUAUGUAAUUAAACAUCAGUUUUAUUUGUGGUUUGUGUAAAAUGUAAAAUUGUAUAAGUUUAAAAUGGUUUAUAAUAUUGUUUCAAGGUGAUAAUUAAUUAUGAGUAAAUCUUAAAAAAAUUGUAUG